AUGGCUUCAACCUCGUUCCGUGAGAAUAUGAAUUCCUUGGGCUGGUCUCGACGAGAUCCCGACGUUCCCGUCCGAACCGACACAUCCUCCACACCCAUUCUCUCCAGACUGCAGUCCUUGAACCCUUUCGGCAGCGGCGAGGGCUAUCUGCGACUUCCCACCCAGGAAGCUCCCGGCGCGCCUUUGCCUGCUCCGUCCAGACGAGAGGAAGAGGAAAGUUUCUUUGCCUUGAGCCGUUGGGAUCGCAUGCUCGUCUUCGCUGCAUGUAACCUUGGAGCUACCCUCUGUUUCUUGCUGUGCUUCGUUCUGUGGCCAGCCUUGAUUCCAAAGCCCCGAAAAUUUGCCAUCCUAUGGUCAGUUGGAUCUGUCCUGUUUUUGACUUCGUGGGCAGUUCUCAUGGGGCCUUUUACUUAUAUUCGACACCUCCUUUCUGGAAAUCGGCUACCCUUCACCGCAGCCUACUUUGGAUCGAUUGCGCUCACGUUAUACUUUGCCGUUGGGCUUCAUAACAGUUUGUUGACCUUGAUUGCUGCCAUCUUCCAACUGGUUUCCCUCCUCUGGUACUUGAUCAGUUAUUUCCCUAUGGGCAGCACUGGUCUUCAAUUCAUGGGCCGUUUUGGCGUCCAGCGAGUCACUGCCUGGGUGAGCGGUUAA